GCAAGAGAAAAAUCGGCAGCUCACAUUAUCAGUCAUGAAGACCAUUCUUGUGUUUCUGAUGCCCAUUUUGUUUGGGAACGUUGCAGGUAUGGAAGUUGAAAUGAAUUAUCUAUCGUCAUGGUAACAUUACUUAAAUCAAAUGUGUAUUGUGACUUUCACUGUAAUCUAAUUAGUGGAUUUCUGUGUAGUUUGAAUUGUAUGUUCUGUCAUUAAUAUCUAAAGGAUUUCUGUGUAGUUUGAAUUGUAUGUUCUGUCAUUAAUAUCUAAAGGAUUUAUGUGUAGUUUGAAUGGUAUGUUCUGUCAUUAAUAUCUAAAGGAUUUCUGUGUAGUUUGAAUGGUAUGUUCUGUCAUUAAUAUCUAAAGGAUUUCUGUGUGGUUUGAAUUGUAUGUUCUGUCAUUAAUAUCUAAAGGAUUUCUGUGUGGUUUGAAUUGUAUGUUCUGUCAUUAAUAUCUAAAGGAUUUCUGUGUAGUUUGAAUUGUAUGUUCUGUCAUUAAUAUCUAAAGGAUUUCAGUGUAGUUUGAGUUGUAUGUUCUGUCAUUAAUAUCUAAAGGAUUUCUGUGUAGUUUGAAUUGUACGUUCUGUCAUUAAUAUCUAAAGGAUUUCAGUGUAGUUUGAAUUGUACGUUCUGUCAUUAAUAUCUAAAGGAUUUCUGUGUAGUUUGAAUUGUAUGUUCUGUCAUUAAUAUCUAAAGGAUUUCUGUGUAGUUUGAAUUGUAUGUUCUGUCAUUAAUAUCUAAAGGAUUUCGGUGUAGUUUGAAUUGUACGUUCUGUCAUUAAUAUCUAAAGGAUUUCAGUGAUGUUUUACACGUAUAUGUUUCAUUAUGGUGUUUCAGUGGAGGCACUGCGGUGUUAUGCCUGUGUGAGCGUAAACAGCAUUGCUCAGUGCAACCAGAACACGGUGAACUGCGCUCUCUUGGAUGACACCUGCAUGACCACCGUCUCCCAAAUGUGUAAGAGCACAGAUACUUUGUAAAUGAAUAGAUACAUCAAUACAUCUCUUUGUAGGUAGGGUUUUGCGCAGGGGUACCAGUCAUUUUGCCUAUGUAGGUUAGUGAAAACUGAAAUAAAUAUUGUCAAUAAUUCUGUCAUGUCAGUAUAUAGAAUCAAUUAUCACUGACUGCCUCUCUUAUCAAUUAUAGACUCAAUCAAUCAAUCUGCCAGCCCUUUAACCUGUUCAUCUAUCUUUCACCUGUCUGUCACCAGUGGGAGUCCAGUCCAUUUCUAAGACCUGCACCACCAGCUCGGCUGUGCACAGCAGCCACCUCCACCAACCUCAACCUAGGAGGGUUAGGGGGGAACCAGGUCACCUGCUGUCAGACUGACCUCUGUAACGUCAACGGUUCAUCAGUCUCUGGACUCAACUUCCUGUUGCUCAGCUUGUCUUUUCUCAUAUCUGGCCUGGUUCUGUCUCUGUGAAUCAAGUUUUUGAAAUUAAUGAAUGAACAACUGAAGUUAAUAUGUGGGUUCAUCUUUGCUGUUUUUUCUUUAUUUAUUGUUGCUGAUCCUCAGAGUCUAUGUUGGACAGGAAAUAAAUAAAAAGUUGUCCUAUCUGUGCUGGUUCUGUCUCUGUGAAUCAAGUUUUCGAAAUGAAUGAAUAUGAGCAACUGAAAUAAAUAUGAGUGUUAAUCACUGCUGUUUUUUUUGUUUUUUUUGUUUAAACUCUUUGGCUGUCAUUUUGGAUGCUGAAGAAAUGCAGUAGGCCUAGUAUCUUUG